CAGCAUUAUUGCCAGGAAGACGUCUCAAUUUCGUAGCUGGUGACAUAGGAACCAAUGCCCCCAGUUCGAGUUUAGCGAGAAGCAAAUCAUCCCUUGCAGCUCAGGCCAUCAAGUUCAUGACUGAAAUGAGGGACAAUGGAACGCUGGCUUUCAUCGGACCGGACGACACGUGCUUCUCGGAAGCUCUGGUAGCUGCAGCUUGGAAUCUGCCGAUGAUAUCUUACAAAUGUAGUGAUACAAGGGUCAGCGACAAACGAGUUUUUUACACAUUCGCACGAACUUUACCACCAUCCAGCAAAGUAUCCAAGAGUGUUGUUGCCCUACUCAUCGCUUUCGAUUGGCACAGAUUCGUUGUUGUUUCAGGGGAACAUCCGGCUUCAGGAAGUGAAGUGAAGGAAGCCAUCGAGGAACUCUCCAAUUAUCAUGGUUUGGUUGUUACAGAUACCAAGCAGUACACAAAUUACAUUCCUAGGUACAUCGAACAAAUGGAAAAUAUUGUUGCCGACACUUAUGAGAGAACAAGAAUUUAUGUAUUUGUCGGUGAGCAUAUUGCGUUAAUCGACUUCGUGAAAUGUCUUCAAAGAAGGAAAUUGCUAGACUCUGGAGACUACGUCGUUAUCUCUGUUGACGAUGAGAUCUACGACCCCAAUAGACGAAUCAACAUCGUGCGUCGAGAUUAUCUGGACCCGUUUUUGAAUGAAACUUGGGGAAACGGCAGUGACUUGCUAGGAUUCAGAUCAGUCCUGAAACUAACGCCAUCCCACCCCAGAAAUCCGAACUACAGAUAUUUAUGCGAAAGGAUUAAGGAUACAUCUAUCAAACCUCCUUUCUGUGUGCCAUAUCACCCGAAAAUAUUCGACAGUAUUUCUGUACCAAUACAAGCAGCCUAUCUAUAUGAUGCUGUAAUGAUAUAUGCAAGGGCACUCACUGAGGUUUUGGAAUGCGAUGAAGAUCCGAAAAAUGGUAGUGCUAUUUUGAAAAGGAUUGUUAAUAGAUCAUAUCACUCGAUCCAAGGAUAUGAUGUUUUCAUCGAUGGAAAUGGUGACGCAGAGGGAAAUUUCACAGUUGUAGCACUGUUAGACGACAGGGAUGUCAAUGGAUCGAUAUUACCGAUGAGUAUGCAACCUGUAGGUUAUUUUCAAUACAAUCCAAAUAGUAGUAGCACUCCUUAUGCCGUACCCGAAUUUAAAUAUUUGGACUCAGAUCGUACAAUUCAGUGGGUAGGUGGAAAACUUCCCCUGGCCGAACCUACAUGUGGAUUCUAUGGUGAAAAAUGUGAAAGCCAAAUGAAUUGGAAGCUAUUCGUUGGUUUCUUAUUCGUUUUGAGCCUGAUACUAGUGAGCACAUUAUUCGCUGUGAAACACUACAGAUAUGAGCAAAAGCUUGCCUGUUUAUUAUGGAAAAUCGAAAUGAAAGAUGUGACCAUUAUACCCACGGAGACUACACAAAUGUCAAGCAAGAGUAUGAUACAAACCUGUAGAUACAGCCUGUUUCAAGCUCCAGCUAGUAGUAUAGCUGAUAUAUCUGACACUUCGCCAAAACGUGCAUACACACAAAUCGGUCUUUAUAAAGGAAAUAUUGUUGCCAUAAAGUUUGCCAAUAGGAAAUCCUUCGAUUUGUCUAGAUCGAUAAGGAAAGAAUUGCAGCAGGUCAGGGAAAUGAGACAUGAAAACCUAAUACCUUUCAUCGGCGCAAGCGUGGAUGCUGGAAAUAUAGCAAUCUUCACUGCCUACUGCGCCAGGGGUAGUCUGGAAGACGUACUUGCAAACGAGGAUAUGAGACUGGAUAAUAUGUUCAUUUCCUCGCUUGUUACGGAUAUUUUGAAGGGAAUGAUUUAUCUCCACGACAGCGAAAUUAUUUCUCAUGGUAAUCUGAGACCAAGUAACUGCCUGAUCGAUAGUAGAUGGGUCUUGCAGAUAACCGAUUUCGGACUACACGAGUUCAAAGGAAACAGUUUCGAAUCAGACGAAAAGGAACUCAAAAGAGCAUUAUAUAGAGCUCCAGAACUUCUUCGUCAUCCAUCGCCACCACCUAGAGGCACUCAAAAAGGAGAUGUGUAUUCUUUUGGAAUUGUCCUGUAUGAGAUACUGGGUCGUUCUGGUCCAUGGGGUCUGCCAAACUUGACUGCACCAGAUAUUAUAAAUCGGGUGAAGAGAACUGAUUAUGACACACCAUUCAGACCGCCCUUGGAGCAGCUGGAAGCAUCUGAAUACAUCAUCAAAUGUAUCAAAGCGUGCUGGCACGAAGAGCCAGAACAGAGACCAGAUAUCAGAUAUGUCCGAGUAAGAUUAAAAGAAAUGCAGGCAGGAUUGAAACCAAAUAUUUUCGACAAUAUGCUUGCGAUAAUGGAGAAGUACGCUUAUAAUUUGGAGGGGUUGGUUCAAGAAAGAACUAAUCAGUUGACUGAAGAGAAGAAGAAGACUGAUGCACUGCUUCAUAGGAUGCUGCCGAAACCAGUAGCGGACGCUCUCAAAAGAGGAGACCAGGUGGAAGCAGAAAUAUUCGAUUGCGUUACAAUAUACUUUAGCGAUAUUGUUGGAUUCACAGAACUGUCUGCCAACAGUACACCACUGCAAGUGAUCGAUCUGCUAAAUGACUUGUAUACUUGCUUCGACUCCAUAAUAUCGCACUAUGACGUCUACAAGGUUGAGACAAUCGGAGAUGCUUACAUGGUGGCUAGCGGUUUACCAAUCAGGCAUGGUGAUAAACAUGCUGGGGAAAUUGCAUCCAUGGCUUUACAUCUUCUGAGCAAAAUAAAGAAAUUUAAAAUAAAGCAUAUGGAAGGAGAAGUUCUACAACUGAGAAUAGGCAUACAUUCAGGCCACUGUGUAGCUGGCGUAGUAGGAUUGAAAAUGCCACGGUACUGCUUGUUCGGAGACACCGUUAAUACUGCUUCCAGAAUGGAAAGCUCUGGAGAAGCUUUCAAAAUCCACAUAUCGUACGCAACAUAUGCCCUUCUGCAGAAACUGGGUGGCUAUAAAUGUGAGGAAAGAGGCGUUAUACCAAUCAAGGGAAAAGGUGAAAUGAGAACGUAUUGGCUCGUAAGUGAAGAUCCAGGAAAACGUUUAGCACGCAUAAGGGAUGAGAUAGUAGGAUCUUCUCUCUUUAACAGCAUCAGCUCAGAGAGGCUCAGUGAGACACCAGACCUAUUGCGAGGUCCUGAUGGAGUCAGUUUGGGACACAGUGUAGAGAAAGAUAUAUCUAGUAGAUCUGUUUGUCCCUUAUUUUCUUUACAUCAGCGCGCUAGAUUGGCGUGGACAAUGCAUCACAGUCAGGAUGAUUUCCAGAAAAAUUCACCUCAUCUAUGUCGGAACAUGUCAUCUUUUCAUGGCUUCAAUCCAGCUGUUGGACAACAAUCAGCGAGAACUAGAAAUCCAAGAUCUGCUCCAGUUAUUAAAUUUUCAUCUGACUGCAGACCAUACAUUUGAGCUGUUACAGGGUUGUCUAGUAGAAGCUAUAUUUUUUAUGUUUUGAAAUUCGAUGUUUAUCAUAUGUUCGCAACAUUUUUUUAUUGAGUUAAUUUUUCUAUAAGGAAUUAUGUUUCCUGUAGUGAAAAAAUUAUACCAACUAAAACUGAAACCUGUAAUAUUACACAGACAAGAAAAGAUAAGAUUAUUCUUCCAUUGACACAGCAAAUUGACAGAAACUGACUUUUAUAUCAAGCUAAAGCGUGUAUUCCUUUUGUAUUUUGUUAUUGAACCUUGAGCUUUGAUAUAUGUGAAACAUGAUGAUGUUGAGUCAUUGAGCGCAUUGAUGUUGAUUUGAUAUUGUUGUUUCUUUUAUAUUGGAGCUUUGUGAGUGAAUGAUUCGAAAACAUCCAAUGUUUUUACAUCGUGUGGUUGAUCAAUUUUUUUAUUUUUUUCCAGAUUGAAUUUCUAAAACUCAAAACAAAACAUAUCUUUCUAUUUUACUCGCUUUUG